GCAAAGGACGUUAACAUUAGUUUAGAAUUUAUCGAUAGAAACUUCGUAGGAAGCAGCCUUCACCAGACCGGAGCGGCAAAUCUACUUUUAACAGCAGCACCCUGUUUAAUGCCCAAUACCAACGUUACCCUCAGGGCCUCCCUCAUCCCCCACUUGUCCACCGCAAACAAGAAGAAAAUUUAGAUAUAGAUUUGUCUCUCCGGUCUCCACCUACCUUUACUCUCUCUCUCUCUCUCUCUCUCUCCCUCUCUCUCCCGAAUUCUGCAGAGACUGACUCGUGCUUCACGGGUAGUGGGAACCUCUUGCACUUGUAGCCCUUUCUUUUGGGGUGAAGAUUGACAAAGAGCCUUUCAUCCUACCACCACUGCUAUAAAAAAGUCUCUGUGAAUUGUAAACGGCAUGGGAGGCAAAAUAUCUAAACGGGCAACUACAGGACGGUAUUCAUCAUAUGGAUCAAGUUCAAAUACAUGGAGUAACCAGGAUUAUCCAUCAUAUACUCAACCAAGCCAACCCUAUCCAUCAUAUACUCAACCAAGCCAACCCUAUGUGCCACCAACUCCGCCUCAAAGUUAUGGUUCAAAAAGGAAGCUUGAGAGGAAAUACUCAAAAAUAGAUGACAACUACAGCAGCCUAGAACAGGUUACUGAUGCUUUAGCACGUGCUGGCCUGGAGUCUUCAAAUCUUAUUGUCGGCAUUGAUUUCACCAAGAGUAAUGAGUGGACAGGUGCCAGGUCAUUUCACGGGAGAAGCCUGCAUCACAUUGGGGAUGAAACUAAUCCUUAUGAACAAGCAAUAUCAAUUAUUGGAAGGACAUUGUCUUCAUUUGAUGAGGAUAACUUAAUUCCUUGCUUCGGAUUUGGAGAUGCAUCAACGCAUGACCAGGAAGUCUUCAGUUUCUAUCCAGAUGAGAGGUUUUGCAAUGGAUUUGAAGAAGUUUUAGAAAGAUAUAGAGAAUUGGUCCCUCAGCUGCGACUUGCAGGGCCAACAUCAUUUGCUCCUGUUAUUGAAAUGGCUAUCACCAUUGUUGAACAAAGUGGUGGUCAGUAUCAUGUUUUAGUCAUAAUAGCUGAUGGACAGGUCACAAGAAGUGUUGAUACUGGAAAUGACCAGUUAAGCCCGCAGGAAAAGAAAACCGUUGAGGCAAUUGUGAAAGCAAGUGAAUACCCGUUGUCAAUAAUUUUAGUUGGGGUUGGAGAUGGACCAUGGGACAUGAUGAGGGAAUUUGAUGACAAUAUUCCUGCCCGAGCGUUUGAUAAUUUCCAGUUUGUAAAUUUUACAGAACUUAUGUCGAAGAAUCUGGAUAGAUCAAGGAAAGAAGCAGCAUUUGCUCUUGCAGCCUUAAUGGAAAUACCUUCUCAGUAUAAAGCAACAUUAGAGCUUAAUAUAUUGGGUGCAACUAGAGGGAAGGCUAUAGACAGGGUUCCUCUUCCUCCUCCUCACUAUGGUUCGGCUUCUUUUGCAAGACCAAAAUCUUCACAGUCUAGCAGUUCCCGCCCAAGUGCACCUAUUUCUGACAGGCACGAUGCGUUUGGUGGGACAACACGACCUACAAGUUCUUCUUCUGACAGCCAUGUUUGCCCGAUAUGCCUCACUGACCCAAAGAAUAUGGCUUUUGGCUGUGGACAUCAGACUUGCUGUGACUGUGGGCAAGACCUUCAACUAUGCCCCAUCUGUCGAUGCACCAUUGAAUAUCGGAUAAAGCUCUAUUAGAUGGCAUAUGAUGUUGCCAAAAAAAUUCAUUGCUACUGACAGCAGCUCUCAGACGCAGGUUCUUUGCACGUUGUCUUCUUAAUGUCGUUGCUAGUGGGUAUAACAGAAUGCUGCACAAUUUUUUUGGCAUAACUUGUUCUUGCUAGUGGUUCUUUGCACGUUGUCUUUGUCUUCUUAAUGUCUUCUUGUGCUGUGUACAUAUGUCACUUUUCAUUGAUCCCGUAUGGAAGAUUCGCUUAUGCUCAUUAUAACCUCCUGUUGUUGGGUUGUACAGAGUGUUUGCAUUGGCCUUUUUUCUCUCCAUAACAUGGAUUGCAAUAUCUGUAGCAUUACAAGCUGUUUGCUGGAUUUAAUUGAUUCAUCGACUCUUUUUGUCA